CUUCUUUAUUCAUUGCUAAGUCACUUGUAAGACAACAACAAUGUCAGUUGCAUCACCACCACACCCACCACCACCACCGCUACUGCUGUUGCCAUAACACAAACACUUGUUGUGACUCCAAGAACCGUCCACCAAAACAAACAUUUCAGGUCUUUUGCAAAAGUAAUCCCAAUGUUUCCCUCAGCAUUCGAGGCGGCUCGGUUGUCCUAGCUAGCCCAGAAGGACCGGUCCGACCCGCACCAGCACUGGUUCAAGGAAGAUAAGGCAUCUGCCGUAAUCAAAGAUGCUAAAGGGCUCCCAAGCUUUGCACUGGUCAACAAAGCCACUGGCCAAGCGAUCCAGUACCCCGUUAGCACCCAUCAUACACUGAGGCUUGUCCCAUACGAUGCUGAUGGGGUCCUUGAUGGAUCUAUGUUGUGGGUUAUGAACUUCAACAAAACGCCUGAACAGUAUAUGGGCAUUCGGCAGCAAAACAACAUGGCCCUUCAUAUGGACGCAUUCAACAAAGAUCACCCGAAGCCCGUACAUGAUGGGACACAAGUCGGGGCAUGGGAAUGGCUUGGAGGUGACAACCAAUGGUGGAACAUCCUUCCUUAUUGAUCUCUAAUCUACUUACAUCAUCAUACUUACUAGCAUUUUUGAAUUUAUAAAUAACAUAUACUCGGGACUCUGGUCGUGAACAAAAUACCCGAUAAAUUGUGAUAUCAUCACAUGUACUUGAAUAACUUGUUCACAAUACUUCAUCUUUUCAUUCAAUUCUAAAAGAGGAAUAAACACGAAUGUUACUUAUAGCUUAAAUAAGUUACUCGACUUUUGAGUUUUGAUAUUUAAUGUGUUUUCUUUUGGUUUUAAUUGGUUUACCUUUUGGUAAUGCUACUACUAAUAAGUAAUAAUAUUAUAUAUUGUCCUUGUAUUAUUAUGGACAGUUUUAAAUUUGUUUGUGCAAGACGGUUUAGAAGCAUUAUUGGAUCAGUUCGUGAAUAUGGACAAGGGUAGCACCUAAACUCAUUUGGGGUAGACCGGUAGUAAUUUAAUGAAGCAACCUUGACAAGUUCAUUUGACUCAUUAUGUGUUUGAUAUUGUACGUGCAUUUCUAAUGACUUCUAGAUCUAUAGGUUGAAAGAAUAUACUCCUCCAUCCUAGCUAGAACCUGACGUUUGUUUUUAGCACCGUAUUUUAGGAGCUCAAUUAAUGAAGAACAAAUGUCUUGCAUGGUCUUUGAAGAACAACUUUGAAGAGAUUUUAAUGUAGUUUUUGAAUAUGUAAAUUUUAAUUAUUAAAAAUUGAAUUAAUUAUGCGUAGGGAGGGUUGAAUUUUAUUAUUGGUUGACUAAAAAAUGUUGACUUUGCAAAACAAAUUGGGACGGAGGGAGUACUACAUAUUACGAUAGUAUGUUUUUGUUUUAAUAAAUUGUAUUUUAUAUGUAAAGUUUGAUAUUUAUAUACUCCGUGUAUUUUAGGUUUAAGGUUUAUAUAUAUUUUUUAUUUUACAUACGAAGUAUUAUAAUUAUCCCAUUUAAAAUAUCAUGAGUUCCACAAUAACUGUCUCACUUACCUAGUACGUAGUACUACGUACUUGUAUUAUUUUUUAAAUCCAAUGCUACACGAUGCUAGUGGUGGACUCGGGCCGGGUGACCUGACCCGGAACCGGCCCGGGACCAGCACUGUUCCGGCCCGGCCAGUGACCGGUCCAGGUAGGCCCGACCCGGGGGGUUUCCGGUCCGGGCUCGGGUCACCCGAAACAUGAACCGGCCCGGGCGGUCCGGGCCCGGUUCCGGGCUUUUUUUUCAACUUUUUUUUUAAAACCCCGGAUUGGGUAUUUUGGGCCGUUUGGGGUGGUUUGGGGGGUUGGGGGUUGGGGGGGGUGUCGGGGGGUAAUUUGAAAAAGGAAAAAAAAUGUAAGAGGCCCGAGGCCCGGCCGGGACCCAGUGGCUACACGGGCCGGUCGCGGGCCCAACAUUUCCUAACCGGCGGCCCGGUCGGUCUUAGGCCCGGCCCGGGCCUGAACCGACCCGAGUCCAGCACUACACGAUGCACAUAGAGAGAUAAACAUAAAUGAUUAAAGUUAUGAGAUAUCUCUCUUCUUCUUUUUACGGUCUUAUGUGUUUUUGAUGAGUUUUUAUAAACAAUGUCAACCACAAUGUCUACAUCUAGAUAUUGUCUUUGACAUUGUGAAAAAAAACUUAUCAAAAACAUAUAAAAACCAUUCAAAUAAGGAAAUAAAUAUUCAAUCUAUUGUUUUCAAUUGACUAUCUCUCAAACCCUAUCUAAUUGCUGGUAAACCGAGUCCCGUUACAUGGCUAGGUUUCGCGGAUGAUCUGUUGAUAUUCCAGAAUGGUACUAUGGUAGUGCUCCCUCCCUCAAACGGCUCCUAGAUUACUUGGACACAUUCAGAAGAGCAUCAGGGCAGAUGAUUAACCUACACAAAAGCUCCCUCAUUGUUGGCAAAUGUGUUACAGCAAGUAGAAAAAUCAAUCUGGACAAAAUGACUCGUAUGGCAGUCACUACCAUGCCUUUUACUUAUCUUGGUGCUGUCAUUCACCAUGGAAUCACAAGAGCAACUCACUGCAUGAAAAUUAUCUCCUCAUUUGAAGAUAGACUGAAGUCCUGGAACAAGAAAAUGCUUAGUCAAAGUGGAAGACUCGUCCUAAUAAAUUAAGCAUGUCAUAUCCUCUAUCCCACUAUACCACAUGGCUGUCAGUAAAUUCCCGGUUAAACUUAUCCAAAUUCUACAUAGAAUGAUGUCCAAUUUCUUUUGGGGAUUUUCUGGGAAUAAAACCAAAUACCAUUGGGUAAGUUGGAAGAAAAUAUGCAGACCAGGAGGGGAAGGGGGAUUGAACAUCAGAUCUCUUUUUCACAUUCAAGAUGCAAUGCAAAUCAAGGUCUGGUGGACCUAUAUGGAAAACAAUUCUACGUGGGCUAUGUAUAUGCAUGGUAGGUAUCACAGAGAAGGGCUAAUGCAAUCUAAACAAAAGGACUCUUGUUCUUGGAAGCAGAUUUGCAACACUGCCUCAAAACACCACUCCUUAAUCCAUACUACAAAAGACUCUACCAUUUGGACUCCAGAAACUAGUGGGCAUUUCUCCCUCACUAAUGCCUAUCACCAUUCCUGAGACCACCACCCCUUUACCUUCACCCAAGUACACAACUGGGAACCCCCACUUCAAUUGAAAAUCAAAAUCUUCAUCUGGAAAAUCCUAACUCACUCCCUCCCAUUCCCAGAGCACCUCAAACGCUUCAAAAUACAAAUGGUGUCCAGAUGCCCUUUCUGCCUAGCCAACAGUGAAACUCAAGACCAUGUUUUAUUUAACUGUGCUAACAUCAGACCAAUUUGGGCCUACUUUUCUCAUAUUUUGCAGGUCAGAACUACUACAAACAUGGAACUAAGGCAAACCCUUAUGCUGUGGUGGCUAGGAGGAAAAGGAGGUAAUACCAAGGACAAGCUCAUACAGUGUAUGCCAGGUAUAAUCGUGUGGCAUAUAUGGAAAUCCUACAAUGACUGCACUUGGGAGGAUAAACAGUUUUCAAGAGCAUCCACAAUCAACUCCAUCAAAGACUACUCCAGAAAAUGGAUUUACACUAAUCAACACAAAAAAUGGUUCAAGUUCGAUGAGGAACUAUACUCAGACGGACUCAUCCCAUACAUCAGAAAAAAUCAUACAUCACAGAUACUAAGGUGGAAGAAUAAAAACAAUUUGGGCCUUAUUCUUAACACGGACGCAGCCUAUUUCCCUCACAUCAGUGCAGGGGGUUCAAUUUUACGUGAAGCAUGUGGUACCUUCAAAUCUGCCAUUGCUUUCCCUCUAUCAUCAAUGACUCCUCUCCAGGCUGAGAUGCUUGCGAUUCAGUUCUCAAGUCAUGAACUGGUUAUCUGACAUCAAUGGUAAGCGACAUCAACAACCUGAAACGAACGUUCUCCCUAUCUUUCCGUCACCGGCCAAGGGAAAUGUUACGCUGAAGAAUAUUAGAGGAAUAGGAAUAUUAUAUUAUUUAUUUUAUUGCCUUACUUAAUCUCUUUUCCAUAUACUAUUGUUGCCAAUUUAUUAUUAUUAUACUAGAAUAUUCUUUAGUUAAUAAUUUCCAUGGACAUCAUCAUGUAUAAGAGGGGCGGCAGACCCUAAUUCCAAAUACGAAGCAUU